GUAGCUAUUGUUUUGGGUAUAAGUGGUAACAAAUAUGGGAGCUCUCCUAAUGAGGUCUUUCCUUCUCCUCUCUCUCUUUGCUUUUGUUGGUACUCAAGCAAGGACUUUGCUAGAUCACUGCAAUGAAUUCAAGGCUGAGAAAUACGUGGGAAGGCGUCCAAAGACAACACCUCCAGCUCCAUUUUCAUCUCCACCGACCAAGGAGGUAUCAAAGUUUCUGCCUAAUAAUAUGGUCAAAAAACCAAACUCAAAUCCAGUCUCGAAGAUUACUAGCAAGAAUAAACAAACAAUGGAUUCGCUCCCAAACCUUCAAAAUUAUGGAAGGCGUCCAAAUCGACCUCCUCCAUCUCCAGUGUUGCCACCACCGACCCACCAAUUAUCGAGCAACGUACUAGUUAUGUUCAAGAAAUCACUUCCCAAGAUCUUCCUGUCAACAGCUUGAGCUUGUUUUGAUAAAUCAGAUUAUUAAGGAUGCAUGUGAUAUAGAGUUUCAAUCGUACUUGAGCUUGUUUUGAUGCAUGAAUAAAUUGUAUGCCAUGUAAUAUAAUCUUCUUAUUUAAUCUUAUCUUGAGUUCAAUAAAACCUGUAAUGUGGAUUGUGAAAACCCUGUAAUACCUGUAGUAUGCUAUGUUUUAAAAUGAACAUGAUUCAGGCCAUGUUAUUAUUUUA